UGGAGAUGCUUCCUAGCCGAAAGCGUGUGCGUGCUGAGGUUUCCACGUCUCAGGGUGGUGAGCAUGUGAAGUUCAGCGAUGUGACUCUGUUUCUGGUGGAAAAGCGGAUGGGGAAAAGCAGGAGGACGUUUCUCUCCAGUCUCGCCCGAUCAAAGGGUUUCUGCGUAGACGACGCUCUCAGUGGUGCUGUGACCCAUGUGGUGUCUGAAGGUCUGUCUGCGCAGGAUCUCUGGCUCUGGCUGGAGGAUCAGGGCUUUCAGGAAACUCACAGCAAACACGUGCUGAACAUCAGCUGGUUUACAGAGAGCAUGAGCGCAGGACGCCCCCUGCCUGUGGAGGACACACACUGCAUACAGAAUCCCGCUGCGGAUCAGAGGUCGUGUGUGCAUCUGUCAGCCACGCCAGAGUCUGCUGUGUCUCCGUAUGCUUGCCAGAGACGCACAACGUUGGAGAACCACAAUAAGAUCUUUACAGAAGCGCUGGAGGUGCUGGCGUUGAACAGUGAGUUCAGUGGGAAUCAGGGCUCGUGUUUGGGGUUUCGCAGAGCCGCAUCAGUGCUCAAGAGCCUCCCUGCUGCGCUGCGGAGCCCAGAGGAGGCACUGAGACUACCCUGCCUGGGGGACAACAGCAGAGCCGUGCUGGAGGAGAUCUGUGAAUGUGGAUCUUCCUCCAGAGUUGAAGAGAUCCAGAAUGAUCAGCGCUAUCGCACCAUGAAGUUGUUCUGCAGUGUUUUCGGUGUGGGGCCUAAAACAGCAGAGAGCUGGUUCUGUCGUGAACUGAGGACGUUUGAGCAGGUGUUGACUGAACCCAGCAUCAGACUCAACCGCAUGCAGACGGCAGGAUUUCUGUUUUAUGAGGACAUCAGUGUUCCGGUGAGCAGAGCUGAAGCUGCAGCACUGAAGAUGAUGAUGGAGGAGGCUCUGCUCUUCAUCAACCCCUCCGCCACCGUCACCAUCACCGGUGGAUUCCGCAGGGGAAAGGAGUUUGGUCACGAUGUGGACUUCAUCAUCAAAGCCCCUGAAGGACAAGAGGACAGGAUUCUGCCUGCGGUCAUUAAACGAUUCAAAAGUCAGAAUGUCCUGCUGUAUUCAGACUUCCAGAAGUCCACCUUCGACCUGCGGCAGCUCCCCAACCACCGCUUCGAGGCCAUGGACCGAUUCAGCAAGUGUUUCCUACUGGUGAAGCUGCAGACGCAGGAGAGCAGGACUGGGCGCAACUGGAGGGCGGUGCGGGUGGAUUUGGUGGCUCCACUGGAGAGAUUCCCAUACGCUUUGCUGGGAUGGACUGGAUCUACGCUGUUUGAGCGAGACCUGAGACGCUUCGCCAGACUGGAGAGAGGAAAACUACUGGACAAUCACACACUCUACGACAAAACAACGAAAACCUUCCUGCCCGCUAACACCGAGGAAGACAUCUUUCAGCAUUUGGGUUUAGAGUACAUUGAGCCCUGGCAAAGAAAUGCCUAAUUUCACUCUCUGAAACCUGCAGAUGUUCAACAGCAGCAGAAAAGAG